AUGUUGAUUGGCACUGAAGAUGACAUUGUGGCACAAAGUGGUUGCAAUGGCGUGGGUUGGGUGGCAGAAACCACUGUAAUACACCAGUGCAACCAGCUUCUUUCUCCAUCAGCUGAUCCUAGUUAUGUUAUGACCUAUAUCAGUCAUAGUUUCCCUCAGCAUAGACAAUAUCUAUGUGCUGGUGCAUUGAUAUUAAUGCAUGGCCAUGCGGAAAACAUUAACAGUGGAAACCUGGGACGGGUCCUGCGGGAAUUCUCUCCUGAAGAAGUGACAUCUAACAUUUACACAAUGGUGGAUGUUCUGCUUCAUCAUAUGCAGAUAGAGCUUCAACAAGGACAUUCCUUACAGGACCUUACGAUAAAAGCUUGUGCAAGCCUUGCCUUUUUUGUUUGGACAAAUGAGUUACUUCCUUUAGAUAUCUUGCUUCUGGCACUUAUUGACCGUGAUGAUGAUCCGCAUGCUUUGCGUAUUGUGAUUAGUCUACUUGAUCGACAAGAGCUUCAGCAAAGAGUAAAGCUCUUUUGUGUGACUCGUGGGCACCCUGAACAUUGGCUUUAUUCAGGAAUAUUCAAGCGGGUUGAGCUACAAAAAGCACUUGGAAAUCACCUUGCAUGGAAGGAUAGUACCCUCUCCACGGAAAUUGCAUGGACUGAUGCUAUCUGCAACAAACUUUCCAGGUAUCCAGUGUUCUUUGAUGAUAUUGCAGCACGUUUACUUCCAGUCAUCCCCUUAAUUACUUAUAGACUUAUUGAAAAUGAUGCAAUGGAUACAGCAGAAAGAGUAUUGGCCAUGUAUAGUCCAUUGCUUGCUUAUUACCCUCUAAGAUUUACAUUUGUUCGGGAUAUACUUGCAUACUUCUACGGUCAUCUUCCUGGAAAGCUUAUUGUUCGAAUCCUCAGUGUGCUUGACAUCAAUAAGAUUCCCUUUUUAGAAUCAUUCCCGCACCAAAUAAGUGCAACAAAUCCUGUCAUGUGCCCUCCACUGGAUUAUUUUACAACUCUGUUACUGGGAAUAGUUAAUAAUGUUAUUCCUCCAUUACAUAACAAUUCAAAAUCUGGAUCUAUUGGAGAUGUGUCAAAUAAUACACAGCGUACUGCACAAAGCAAGCCUGCAACAGUAUCUCAGUCUGGACCAGCAAAUGCUUCAGAGGGCCAAAAAGCGUUUUACCAAAUUCAGGAUCCUGGCACAUACACUCAGUUAGUUCUUGAGACUGCUGUUAUCGAAAUACUUUCCCUUCCCGUAUCUGCGUCUCAGAUAGUACAAUCACUUGUUCAAAUUGUGGUUAAUAUACAACCAACCUUGAUCCAGUCCAGCAAUGCUCUCCAUGGUGGUUCAAAUAAUGUAGGGCAAGGUUCAGUGUUGCCAACAUCACCUUCAGGUGGAAGCACAGAUUCCUUAGGUGCAACCAGAUCAACUCCUUCAGUUUCUGGAAUAAAUACCUCUAAUUUUGCUUCUCGAAGUGGUUAUACAUGUCAACAACUGUCUUGCUUGUUAAUUCAAGCUUGUGGCCUCGUACUGGCUCAGCUUCCUUCGGAUUUUCAUUCACAACUUUACUUGGAGACAACACGUAUCAUAAAAGAGAACUGGUGGCUUAAGGAUGGGACAAGGUCGCUUGGGGAAAUAGAUUCUGCUGUUGGCUAUGCGUUGUUAGAUCCAACAUGGGCUGCACAGGACAAUACCUCCACAGCCAUUGGGAAUGUGGUGGCAUUGCUUCAUUCUUUCUUCAGUAACCUCCCUCAAGAAUGGCUUGAAGGGACCAAUGUUAUUAUCAAGCAGCUUCGGCCAGUAACAUCAGUCGCCCUGUUAAGAAUAGCUUUCCGUAUAAUGGGACCACUCCUUCCAAAACUUGCCAAUGCUCAUGCACUUUUCAACAAGACGCUCUCAUCAUUACUAAGUAUAUUAGUGGAUGUAUUUGGAAAAAAUUCCCAGACAACAAUUGCUGUUGAUGCGUCAGACAUAGCAGAUAUCAUUGACUUCCUCCAUCAUGUCGUCCAUUAUGAGGGACAGGGAGGACCUGUGCAGGCAAGCAGCAAACCACGACCAGAUGUUUUGGCUCUCGUUGGAAGGGCAUCAGAGAGUUUACGUCCAGACAUUCAACAUUUGCUUUCACACCUAAAUCCUGAUGUGAAUUCCUCCGUUUAUGCGGCAUCUCAUCCAAAAUUUUUCUUGUUCGCAUCAUUUAUAUCUGCUCUUCAACACCUUGAUUCUGUGUUUCCACCAAAAUUAUCUACUUCGCAUGAACGAGAUUUUAUUAAGAAUGGAGAAAGUGCAAGUGGGAGUGAAAGAAAGAAAGCGAUAACACGCAAUUUCAAUUAG